GCUCCCAUCGCUAAAUGCAACAUCAAUGACCCUCUUUCGAUUCUUCACAAGUAUUACCAGUCAGGAGACCUCAUAAUUGCUGGCAUCAUUUCUCAGUUCUUCAUGUUUUCUAGUGAAAUAACCUUUGACCAACAUCCUUCACUUGAACUCAUUAAUGAUUACUUUGUACUAACUCAGAGCUACCAGCACAUUCUGGCCUUGGAAUUUGCUGUGAAGGAGAUCAAUGAAAAUCCCGGGAUCUUGCCCAAUAUCACCCUAGGCUUCCACAUCUAUAAUAGCAAUUUCCAUGCAAGAUGGACGUAUCUCGCCUCAAUGGAACUUCUCUCCACACGGGGAAGAUUCAUACCUAACUACAAGUGUGACAUACAAGAUAAUCUGAUCACUGUCAUUGGGGGACCCAAUUCUGACAUCUGUCUCUACAUGGCAACCAUAUUCUGCAUUUACAAGGUUCCCCAGCUCACAUAUGGCUCUGCUCCAGUGACGAGUGAUGAAACCUAUGGAGUUUUUCUCCGCCAGAUGUUCCCAUAUGGAGAUAAUCAGUAUAUGGGGAUUGUCAAGCUACUGUUGCAUUUCCAGUGGACAUGGAUUGGAAUGCUUUUCAUAAAUGAUGACAGUGGAGAGAGAUUCAGAGAAAAUGUACUUCCCAUUUUCUCCCAGAAAGGCAUCUGCUUUGAUUUCAUAGAAAGAUUCCCACAACUAACAUUUUCUAGUGGAAUUAAUGAAAUGGUGUGGGAAGGCUUCCAAACGAUUAGCAUUGUUAUGGGAAGCUCUGCCACUGCAGUGGUUGUAAAUGGUGAAAUUCAGACUAUUAUUGUUUUAAGAAUGUUGCUCCACCUAUCAAAUUUUGAGGAAGUACCCAUGAAAACAAAAAUCUGGGUUAUGACAGCCCAGGUGGAUUUUACAUCACUUGGCUUGCAAAGAAGUUGGGACAUCCACUUUAUCCAUGGUGCUAUAUCCUUGGCAAUUCACUCAAAGGAUCUUUUAGGAUUCCAGAAAUUUCUAAAGACAAGAAACCCUACUAUGGGAAGAGAUGAUGGCUUUAUCGGGGUCUUCUGGGAAAAGGCAUUUGGAUGUUCUUUUGCCAGUUCAACCUUAGAAGAGACAGCUGGGGAAAUUUGCACUGGGGAGGAGAAUCUGGAGUCUCUUCCUCAGUCACUUUUUGAGAUGAGGAUGACUGGCCACAGCUACAGCAUCUACAAUGCUGUCCAUGUAGUGGCAGAAGGUUUGCAUGCUAUGCAUUCAUCCAAGUUCAAAAACAAAGCAAUGGUGGAUGAAGGACGAUGGAAGCUUCUGAAUCAACAGUCAUGGCAGGUAAAGCCACUUUCUCUGUGUAAUGACAACUGUCAUUCAGGUUACAGAAAGUCAAAGAAGGAAGGGAAGCCAUUUUGCUGCUAUGAUUGCCUCCCAUGCCCAGAAGGGAAGAUAUCAAAUGAGAAGGACAUGGAUGACUGCUUUAACUGUCCAGAAGACCAUUAUCCAAACAGUGACCAGGAUAUGUGUAUCCCUAAAGCUCUGGUUUUCCUGUCAUUUGAGGAGCCAUUGGGGAUCACUCUGACUAUUUUUGCUCUUUCCUUUUCUUUCAUCACAGUUUUGGUGUUUUGGAUCUUCAUUAAGCACCAGGACACUCCCAUAGUCAAAGCCAACAACAGGAACCUCACCUACAUUCUUCUCAUCUCCCUCCUGCUCUCCUUCCUUUGUACUUUGCUAUUCAUUGGCCAACCUGGUAAGAUCACAUGUCUUCUUCGACAAACUACUUUUGGCCUCAUCUUCUCAAUGGCAGUUUCUUGUGUGCUGACUAAAACCAUCAUUGUAGUUGUAGCUUUCAUGGCCACCAAACCAGGGUCCAGAAUGAGAAGAUGGAUGAGGAAACAACUGGCCAACUCCAUUGUUCUUUGCUGCUCCAUAUUUCAAGCCUUUAUUUGUAUGGUGUGGCUGUCAACCUCUCCCCCAUUCCCAGACUUGGACAUGCACUCCAUGACUAAAGAAAUUGUUCUGGAAUGUAAUGAAGGGUCAGUCAUCAUGUUCUACUGUGUCUUGGGUUUUAUGGGCUUCCUGGCCACUGUCAGCUUCACUGUAGCCUUCCUAGCCAGAAAGUUACCUGACAGUUUUAAUGAAGCCAAAUUCAUCACUUUCACCAUGUUGGUCUUUUGCAGUGUCUGGGUGUCCUUUGUUCCAACCUAUCUGAGCACCAAGGGGAAAUACAUGGUGGCUGUGGAGAUCUUCUCCAUCUUAGCUUCCAGUGCUGGGUUAUUGGCCUGUAUAUUUUUCCCCAAAUGUUAUAUCAUAGUAUUGAUGCCAGAGUUAAACAAUAAGGGGCAGCUAAUAAGAAAACAACAUUGA